UAUACUGGAACAUGACCAAUGAGCGAUGUGAUUACAUUAGAAUACGUUGCAUGAAGGCAUACACGACAGGUGCGAUCUGCGCUCGGACCAUAGACUACCAAUACCAUAGCUUCGAUAACUACUGCGCUAUGGAAUUCCACAAUUGUGUCGCCAGAUUUGACAAUGUUUGGUCGAUUGCAUACACGGGAUACUGUACGCCACUCGUAAUUGAAAAGAGCCUUUAUGUUGACAUGACCUACGACCAAAUGUCCAACAACACCAAGCUAAAGCAAAUGUACGUAGCAGAUCUAGGCGACGACACCGAAUUCGAAGGCUAUGCCACCUACCCCUCUACUGUUCUUACUACUACAGUCCAAUACGAGAUCCAUAACGUAACUGAUGAAAACGGUACCGUAGUUACAGAUCCAGACGGUAAUGCCGAAACACAAUGGGCAGCUCUCCUUAAUGUCACUGAUGAAAACGGUACCGAAGUAACAGAUCAAGGCGGUAAUUUUAAAACAGAAUGGGUUACGGUUACAAAUUUUACAAAAAACAAUGGAGAUAAAGCUACUACUGAAGCUAUUACUGAGGCUAUUACUGAAGUUAUUACUGAAGCUAUUAAUAAAGCGUAUUAG